AUGGACGCUGUAGAAGAAAGUAUUCGUCUCUUAUUAAAUGGAAAUGCUCUGGAAGAAGAAUUAUCAUGCGAUUUCACUUUGGCUGAUCAAAAUGAAGCCAUAGUUGCAAAAGGAGUCGCUCCUCUGGCUGCCUCUGAUUAUGUUCCUAUUGUUUCAAAAACUGUUACUUACAUUGUAGUAGGAGUUCUAAUAAAUUCUAAAAAUGAGGUGCUAAUGAUGCAGGAAGCUAAAAAAUCAUGUGCUGGUCAAUGGUAUCUUCCAGCUGGUCGUAUGGAGCCCAAUGAAACAAUUGAAGAAGCAGUUAAAAGAGAAGUUUUGGAAGAAACCGGUUUGAAUAUGAAACCUAAUACUUUGCUGUCUGUAGAAAGUGCUGGUGGUUCUUGGUUUCGUUUCAUUUUUACCGGAGAAGUAAUAGGUGGAACUUUAAAGACACCUGCUCAAGCCGAUUCUGAAUCUCUUCAAGCCAAAUGGGUGAAUAAUGUUGGUGAAUUGAGUUUGAGAGCUCUUGAUGUUCUUGAAAUAAUUGAAAAAGCUAGAAAUUAUCAUAAAUUACAUAAACAAGAACCAUGGCAUCAUGAAAUAAAGCCUGCAUUAAAAUCCCAUGAUAAAUUAUUUUUAAGAUUACUAAUAUGUAUAAAACAAAAAGCUAGUAACAGAGUACAUGUAUUACUAUCGGAAAAAACAAAAGCUCAUCUUCCAGUGUGCGAAAUUUAUCCUGCCAGAAGUUUGCAUGCAACUCUGAGAAAGUUCAUGAUUGAAAUAUUUGGAGCAGACUUGCAAUUGGAUUCUCAUAAACCUCACGGUCUGCUUAAUGUAGAGCAUAGUGCUAAAACGGAAGGAAAAAAUGAUGGUAUACUUUUAACUCUUUUGGUUUCUUUCAGAGUGCCAUUAGAGAAUGUAUACCCUAUUGAUAAAUAUUCUUGGGUUAUUAUACCUAAAGAACUUGAGGAAGCUUUAAAUUCAAGAAUAAGAAAAAAUAUGACUGUUUCUCUGCAUGUUCAUAGAUAA